CUGCGCAAACUCUCAUCAGAGAAGGGGGCGUGCGCGCGCGGGACGUCCAGAUAUACGGUGACCGCACGGAACCGUCAGUCCCGUCUCUUCAAGACUAGCUCGUGAGCGUCUGAAACCAGAGGGCAAAUAUGUCGUCAUGGCAGAGCUACGUGGAUAACCUGAUGUCGGAUGGCUGCUGCCAGGACUCGGCCAUUGUCGGGUGCAGCUCGGACUCUAAAUACGUGUGGGCCGCGCAGGAGGGGGGCACGUUCGUAAACAUCACGCCCUCAGAAAUCGACGUCCUGGUAGGGAAAGACCGAGAAAGUUUCUUCACCAACGGCCUGACCUUAGGUUCAAAGAAGUGCUCCGUUAUCCGAGACAGCCUCCUAGUCGACAAUGAUUGGACAAUGGACAUAAGGACGAAGAGUCAAGGGGGAGAGGCCACGUACAACGUCGCUGUCGGCAAAGCAGGCAAAGCAAUGGUUAUUGUCAUGGGCAAGGAAGGCACCCAUGGAGGGCUGCUCAACAAGAAAGCGUAUCACAUGGCUGAACACCUGAGGAAAUCUGGAUAUUAAGACACCUCCCAAUGCUAGCUGCUCAUUCUGCUAACCUUUCUAGAUGAGAUUUCCUUCAUCAUCUAUAGGCUUUCAACUCUACUUCCACUUUGUGCAACCCAAACCCCGUUUCUUUCUCAUAAAUGUCCAUUUGUUGUGUUCGGCCCCGUUUUGGCAUUGCGAUCCCAUGACGCGCUUCAGACUUCGCUCGUCUCGUUUCUGCUUAUUCGUGAAAGUUUUGGGAGUGUAGUUGAUUACCAAGGGCUUGAGCUAAACUCAAACUCCCAGUCCUAGAUCAAACCUGGGAACGGUGGACCGUAUGCACAUCUUCAAGCCCACCGAAUGAACCCUAGUUAGGCUGGACGGUGUAUUUAGCGGCUGCAGGUAGCAUCCCCCCCAAUCAGCACCACUAUUGAAUGUUUAUUGACAUUCCGUCAUCGCACUUACUUUGCUAGCUUGUGUAAUAUAUAUAUAUAUAUUUUUAAUUAAUUUUCAAGACGACUGCCAUUUCAGACAGCGGUUUGGAGUAUAGUUCAUCACUUCUUGGGUUAUUUACGCACUACUGUAUUUGCUGACCAACAAAACACUAGCGUCUGAUCACAGACUCCACGUCAACACUUGAACCGAAUUGAACCUGUACUGUCAUGACUGUGGAUUAAAAUGCCUUCGUGUCAUCAUGUCUGUCAAAACUUGAUGCCCCAUCAAGUCCAAAUGUUCAAGUAUGACACUCGUAUCAUAAUGUGUAUCCUGUGCCAUAAGGUAGAGAACCUGUCAUUGAAUCAAACCGCUUCCCGAGUGAUUCUGCUGCUGCUUCGUUCAGGGGUUUCUAGUGUCAGCUGAAGCUCUGGCCUGGUGGGUGAUUUGUACAGCUGACUCUCGUGGGUUUCUUUUCUCCCUGUACUUUUUCUUACAUCUUGGAUACAGUCUGAUUUCAUAUGCAUAAACUGAGAAAUGCCAUAAAUUAAUUUCACCACCUUGUUUACAGACAGAUUAAAUAAACCUAUUCCAACCCA